UUUCGCCGGAACCUGUGUCCCGGACGCCAGCAGAAGGCGCUGUCGUUCACCAUUUUUUUGCGACCAACCACUCGUGGACAUUUCUCUUGCGCAUCUCCGUCAUUGUAGGACGAUGUUCGAUGUGCUAUGUAGGUGUCUAGACACCCAACGUUGUUUUGCUCUAGACAUCUGAGCAUGUCAGCUGCCGUGCCGCCCUCGGUGGACCGAGUGAACGCUUUCUCUUGUCAAAGCAACUCGAUAUCACACGGAAUUAUGAGGACGCCCGGCGGUGGCUGUUGGCGCGCUCCCUGCUGGUGAUGUGAGAGGCUGUGAGGACGACUCUUGUACAGUGUUUGAGCCGCGUAUUCCCGAGCAUCCGAUGUGUCAGAGUGGCACCGCGAGUGCGGUUGUACGCUGUUUCGUCAGACGCCUGUGAUCAGGGUUUCUCGUCGCGACAGUCGGGUCCCGGGCCUCCGGAGGUUCUUUUCCAGUCGGCUCCACAAGAGCUUACCUUUACCACCCUUACCCCUGCUGUUUCUUCCUCCUAUGCCUCUAAUAUGGCUACCUCUGGCGCCGCUAUUGCCGCUGCGCUCCCUUCAGCCCGGUUUCAAGCAGACGGGCACAGCGCCCCCCGAGAGAAUCUGCUUCCGGACUACAGUCUGUCAUCCACAUCGUCCGUGUCGAACCCCGCAUCCGGUCCAUCGCAAGAUGCCUCUCUUCGGAAUUCCCCGUCUCGAGGAUCUUCGACGUUGAGUGGCGACCUGUGUCCGGCGUCGCCGCAUUCUCGGCCGGUGCUGGAGACAUCUGCCGUGUCGCGAGCUCCCGACUCCUCCAACUCUCGUGACAAUUUUUUUUGCCAGCGGCAUGCAGCUUCCCCAUUUUGCUCGGGAGAGUGCCCCGAGAUUCGAGGACAGCCUCGGUCACUGGAGGCGCGCCGGGCGGCGGCAGCAAUUUUCGCGCGGAAGCGGGCAGCUGCGUUGGCAGGCUUAGGAGCGCGAAGCUCCCCAAAAAGGACAAGACAGAACGAAAGCCAUUCAACAGAAAACACCUUCCACCCUGGUCCGCCCGGAUCUGAAUGCACUUCUGCUACAGAGAGAGCAACAGAAGAUAACGGAGACGGAUGUGGGGGUCGGGAAACUGACGAUUUUUCACAUGCGGGCGAAACGCGGUUUUCCGGACUCCUAAGCAGGAUUGCGGACGACGCAACAUCGGCACUUAGAGCCAGGGAAGAGACGCUGACUGCUUCUCGGGAGAACGGGGAGAGCGGUAUACUGGGGGGUUUUCGAUACCGUUUGACCCGCCGGAUCGUGGAGGGUAAAGCCGAUCGCAUGCUUCUUAUUGGCACGAGCAAUUACCUUAUUGUCCUUGGAAAGUCUCUCGGGCUCUCGCUGAGGUGUAUCUCCAUCGGGUGCGUCUACCUCCACCUUUUUUUCGAUUCGUUCUUCUUUAGCGGCUUGGAGAGGAAGUGUGCAGCUGCUGCGUGUCUUCUGCUUUCGUGGAAGUAUGCGGAAGACAGUGAAGAAUCCAGGUGUACUCGGAAGUUGUACGAUCUAGCUCGCGGCAUGUACAGAGUGUCUCUACAGCAGAAAGUCGCAGAUCUGCGGCAAGUCCGCGAGCGCCUUCUUCUUGCCCUUGAGAAAGGGAGGGAGACGGAGGAGAGAAGAGAGGAAGGAAUUGAGUGCGCAGACAGUCCUAUGGACGUCGCUUCUGACGAACAGAGCGAUCUCCCCGAAGUGUCAGAUCCUUCGCAUGCGGCAGCGAAGCCUGUCGCUCUCGCAGGUCUUUCUGAGCCUGAGUCUGCGGUGAAGACGUUGCUCUCUGAGGAGGCAUUAGCUGAUCUCGCAUCGUCUUCUCGCUGGCUUCUCCGCGAUUCGGCUGUCUCGUUCCGCAUUUUGUGCCACAAAUUGAGGAUUUACGAAAGUGCACUUCUUCGAGCGAUUCGUUUCAGUGUGGGGCCUCUGCACCUGCCUGCGGCUGCCAUUCGCUUCUACGUCAAAGCAUUCUUGACUAAGUGUGAAAGAGAGACCCCCGCCGUGGUUCCUGCCUCUCCACAAGCAGCUGCCUAUUCCGUUCCGUCCCCCUGUCUUCGUCUUUCUCCCGCGGAGACUCCGUCACUCCCGCGUCUUUCGCCGAAAGAGGAGGAGGAGAAACCGUGCUCCGAAGAAAGACACAAAACGGAGGAAACUUCGCCGACACCCAGUGAUGCGGCUGUCCUUGACGAAGGCAAACCUGUUUCCUCCCCUGUGUCCUGUCUCUGCACAUGCAAGGCGUGGCCAGCGAGAGGAUUGAGGCACGCACAGCUUCAACGCCGCCUGCACAAGGCAGCACUCCAGGAGUUUCUUCUUCUCUGCCGAACGCCAUUUGUCCUCGAAAGGCAGUCGAACGCGAUAGCGGCGGCAUGCGUGAUCCGCGCCGCCAUCCUGUCAGGUCUGGCUGUGGGUGAUCUGUGCACCCCGGCACCGGAAAAGUCGCGAGACAACUGUGAAGGGCCCUCGGCCUCCUCGCCGGAGAGACACAAUUCUAGGUUCGAGGUGGAAGAAGGAAGGAAGACCGAGGAAUGCAUUUUGGAAGCACUCACUGCAUUUAGUGGACACGUGGAUGCUUUUCUCCAUCUUGUUAGUAAUCCUCUAGAUGAACAGAAGAACGGGAAUGCAGCAGAGAGGGAGACGACAGCGCGCUGUGAAGAUGGAGUAUUCGCUGAGGAGGCGAAAGAGAGAGAGGCGUUCCACGGUGCGUCGUCCAGCUCACCCGCGCAUGGCGAGAUGAAGGAGCAAAGUCCAAAGAAGCCCAGAACAGGCGCAGGACUUUAUGGAGUCAACCGCCGCGAAGUCCAGGCAGUUCUCUCCGAUCUUCGACAAGCAGCCGAGUGGCAACUGGAUCUCUUGCACGGCCCGUCGCCUACCUUCGCCUGCCCUGUGGCUGUUACCUCACAGGAGAAAGAGAGUCCAGAGGCGCGGAACGGCACGACCUUGCAGGAGGCGAAGAGGUCGAGGCAGGACCAGGCAGAGAAGUGUCGGAUGAAGACAGAAGCAGCGGGGACCAAAAACGCAAGGAGCAAGGAAAGGCGCGACAGAAAGGCGGAGAACGGAAUCUAGAGGGGAAGAGAGGAAAGAAGCGAAGUAAGGGAGACCCGCAGGGCGUGGAAGAUCGGAUGAUGCUGCACAUGGUCUACCUCGUUUUUGAGAACGCGAACAAAGCGACAAGAUAGAGACCGAAUGAACAUCUACAGCAGGGGCUACAUAGGAGAUACACAAGAUAAAGACGGAGAGAGAAAUAAAAAGGAAGAGAACCUGGAAGAAACGAGGGUUCGUGGGCACCUGUGUUGGUUGAAGCAGAUACAGCUCGCGCGCAUGCAGCUGCUGCGAUAAGUUGGCAGGGGUGGAAUCAUGCUUCUCACCACAGUGUGCUGGGGGGAGAGGACACAUUCGAAUUUUUGUACGCGGUGGCCUUCCUUAUACCCGUGAUAGGUUCUUGCGGGGGCUUCUGGGGAAAGUUCCGUUUCCAUAUAAGAGCCAAAGGACCUCCGUCUUCUGCGAUUUCGCUGUUGCGCCCUGUCUUUUUGUGAACGUUUUCGUAUUUCUUAAAUUUGUAUCCUGACAGUGGAUACGUUUUUAAGUUUUUUUCUGUCG